CUGUUGAAUUGCAAAAUGACUGCCCACAACUUAAAGACCUGUCUGCACCUUUGAGCCUGCAGUGUUGAUACUCUGAGAUUACCCUCAACAGCGUAACUCUUGUAGACUCAAAUCCCCGGUCUCAAUUCUUCACAGGACUUCCCGCCCCCAUCAAGCACCACGAAUUUCAGACUUCGGCUUCCAGAAUGCACGGUCAAACAAACCUUUUGACCAUGGCGCUUGCACUCUUCGUCAUGUGCCUAUCCUUGGUCUCGGCAAGUCCGCUGCCCUUGAACGCAGAUGGCUCAAUUGCCAUCCGACCUCGACAAUCCGUGUGCCGCCCCACCGUCGGCUGUGUCCCCUUCUUCAACGCACCAACCUGGAAUAGCUUCGAAUUGACCAUCCCCGCCCCCGGCGAUCCCCGCACCCAAACCGCCCGGUCUCCCGGCGGAGAGAUAGAAGCCUCCGUUUGGAACCGAGCCCACGGAUCAGCUUUUCUUGGGAUCCACCUCGGGGACAGCUACAUGCUGCCCGGUCACAGCGAGAUGUAGAUCCAGGCGCGGCAUCGGAACACUGCUGUCACCCUCAACCGUAACUCCACCCAACUCGAGGGCGAAGGGGGACUUGCGACCAUUCUUGCCGCGUCGAUUUCUUCUUGGAGACAGGGUAAUCGGAUUGGGAAUGCCAUUACUCUUACCAUUCGAUGGAGACUGGACCAGGAUCUAUAAGAGAGGGAUUGAUCGAUCGGCUCACAUCAGAAUGGACGAGAGACGGGAUUGCUUCGGCCCUUUCCAGUCAUGCGUGUAAGGCAAAGGGUUAUGAAGUAUUAGUUCUGGGUAUCAAGCCAGGGCAAAAGCGGUGAAUGACAGGUAGUCGCAGAUCGAGCUAGGCAGAGUGCAACAUCCUCGUUAGGUAUCAAGAAAUCGAAACUCUAGUCCUAGUCGAUCCCGUGUCAGUUGUACAGAACAGCUCAGAUAUAUAGUUCAGAAGAAUACAACUCUCGGACUUAUCACAACAUUCAUCGACAUUUGGAAAAAGAUG